AUGCCUACAGAGACAGAGAGAUGCAUUGAGUCCCUGAUUGCUGUUUUCCAAAAGUACAAUGGGAAGGAUAAAAAUAGCUGUCAACUCUCCAAAACUGAGUUCCUUUCCUUCAUGAACACAGAGCUGGCCACCAUUAGGAAGAACCAGAAAGACCCCAGUGUCUUUGACUGCAUGAUGAAUAAGCUGGACCUCAACAGUGAUGGGCACCUAGAUUCCCAAGAGUUUCCCAACCUUAUUGGUGGCUUAGCUAUAGCAUGCCAUGAGUCUUUCCUUCAGACUUCCAAGAAGAAUAUCUAA